UCCUGUGAAGGCGCAUUUCCUUUUGUCGCCUCAACUUUGCUCAUCUGAACCAGUGAGCGUCAGAGUCAGUUACAACCCAAAAUGGAUACUCUGCUUUAUGUUCUACUGCUAAUACUGCGUUUUUCUGACACACUGAGUUUUCUUAUUGCGCACACACCGAAAGGAUUGUGCCUGUCCCGACUAAACACAGGCGAGAUUGUCUACCUCGGCGUGUGUGACAGUACCAGCCCCGCUCAGCAAUGGAGGUGGACAGACGAGAUGAAGCUUUACCACAUAAAUUCAUCUAAGUGUCUAUGGGCAGACGCAAGCGGGGCGCACGUUGGGGCUCGCUUGGUCAGUCUCAGCGACUGUGGUAGAGCACCUGCAUGGAAAUGCUAUGAUGAAUGGGGGAUCUUUGGGUUGGUGGACAAACCCUUGUAUCUAAAGAAACAAGGCAUACGAAUUGUGAUCCAAAUGAACCCUCAGUAUUCUAACUGGACCAGCCUUGACGUCGAUCAAUCGGGAAAAAGUAUAACGACACCCCUUUGCCAAAUAAAAGGUCUCACAACAAUCUCAACAUCCACAUUCUCAAAAGCAUAUAAUUCUACUGCUUAUACUAGCACAUCUUCAGAAGGCACUGAGACAUCCUCCAAGCCAAUAUUUAUUACAAAUACAAAACACGCUGAGAGGACUCACACAGCCACACAGCAAAUUACAACAUUAAGAGUCCCUGUGACUGUUCAGAUCAGAGAGGUGACACAGUCCAGUGAUAGGGCGAGGCCUCGGACCAGGAGGAUGUUGGCAACUGAUCUCAAACCUGUGUCCGGACCAGUAACCCCGAAUGCAGCUUUAAAUAGAAGUGACAACACUGUUAUAGGAUCGGACCCUUCAUUUACUGAAGCCGGACGCACAGGGGAUGGAACGGACUUAUCUACAAGCUCCUCUACUGUGUUCCACUACGGCUUUGGGGGGGAUGAAACAGCCUCAUCCGUGGCCCUUGCCUCCCAGACUGAAUCUGACAGUGUUCCGGAGAUGUCAGCUGCAUCCAGCACCCUCACCACAGGUGUCCCAACCACACAUUCCCACAUGGAUGCCACCAAAAUGUCUCCCCUCACAUACUCCAAGUCUGAACCUGUUUCCUUCAGUCAUAGCUUAGCGACAGACUCAGUAACCACUAAGGCUCUGACAACCAUGCCACCUGAAAGCAGCCCACCAGCUGGGGGUGGAGCACAAACUGAAACUGAGUCAUUAGCGACCACCUCUACCACAGUUUCAGAGAUUACUACAGGACUCUUCACCACACCAGCUGAGUCAACCAUGACACCCAGACCCCCUCUGACCACUAGAAGAGUGCCUCUAGUAGGAACUCCAGGCACUACAGCCACAGCGAGACUGUAUACAAGCACAGCUACUCUGACCACUGCUUCAGAUCCCAGCACCAGCAGUCCACCUGCAUCCAGGGCUACUCAUUUCCCAAAUCAAGCUACUGAGAUCCCAAUGAGCACUACUGACCACAUCACAACCACGAUUCAGACAACCAUCGCAGCUACUGAGUCAUUUACAACUACUGUUAAGCCAGACCCAUCCACUGUUUUGAUAACCACAUCCACAACGAUGACCACCACCAUGGAUCACACCACCCCAGACUUAACUACACCCACUACGACUCAGGCCACAACUACUACACAAUCAACUACAACUACUGCUUCAACAACUCUGACGACCACAACAUUUCCAACAACCACAACCAUAGCCACAACACAGCCGCCCGAAACGACAGAGGCAAUCAGAUGUUGGAUAAAUAGCACCGAAGUCAGUGCCAGCACUGAUAGAAUUGAGUUAAAACUAACCACCAUCCGAGAAGGCUGCAACUUCAGCGUAUUUUAUAGCAGCGUGUCUCCUAAAACGGACUGCAAUUCGACGGGAGAUGACAAUAAACAUUUUCAGUGUCUACUUAAUGAUCUUAAUCCUGGCACCCUUUACCAACUGGAAAUAAUUUCAAAGACUGACGGAGAGCGAAAAAAUGUUUCAGCGCAAACAGGUCCAGAUCUGCCCGCACACGUGGUGGUCGAGCCUGACGGAGAUGCCACGUCCGGGCUGCGCGUGCACUGGUCCCACCCGCGCGGCAGGGUGGACUGGUAUGAGCUCAGCCUGGUGGACACAGGCUCGGCUGUCCGCCGGGCCACCAGGGUGAUGGGCACAGCGGCGCCCCAGUCCGGCUUCACUGCCCUCACCCCUGGAACUCUCUACACCCUGCGCUUGCAAGCUCUUGCUGGGGACAGACUCUCUGACCCGGUCCUCCGCAAUGCUGCCACAGCUCCUUCGGCCAUUACUGGACUGAAGCUCAUUGCGUCCUCUAGAAACUUGGGUGUGUCUUGGCAGCCUGGUCCUGGACGGACAGAAUAUUUCCGGGUACUGCUGACCGAACAAGAGAGUUUGGUCCAGAAUGUUACUCUGGCCAGCGGUGUGAACUCCCAUACCUUCAAUGGUGUGACUCCAGGAACUUUGUUCAAAGUUGCAGUCAUAGCCGAGUCCAUGGGGAUACAAAGUGAUCAAGUCUCUAAAGAAGUGCUCACAGCUCCAUCUGCCAUUAGAGUCCUGAAGCUCUCCGCGUCCUCCAGCAACAUCAGUGUGUCUUGGCAGCCUGGUCCUGGUCGAACAGAACACUUCUGGGUCCUGCUGAUCCAAAAGGAGUCUCUGGUCCAGAAUGUCACCCUGGGAAGUCGGGUGACCUCCCAUACCUUCACUGGUUUGACCCCAGGAACUCUGUACAGAGUAGAGAUGGUGGCCGAAUCGAUGGGGAUGCAAAGCAGUUCAGUGUUCAAGGAUGAUUACACAGUGCCUGCCACUGUGUCAAAUCUGCGGCUCCUGAACAAUGGCAGCCAGGACAGCUUGAGAGCCUCCUGGGAGUCGGCACCAGGCAGUGGGAAGUCAUAUAUGGUCAUCCUGUCCAGCCCUGGCCUGACAAAACAGAGACACAUCAUCAAUUUUACUAGUACAGAUUGGAUCUUCACUGGAUUGAUCCCUGGGAAAACCUAUUACGUGUCAGUUCAGACACAGGGCAAGUCCAGGUUGACCAAAGAGGUCAAAGCCAGUGGCCAAACAGUACCAGGGAAGGCUACUCGAUUGGUGAUGGAGAGGCUCAAUGACCAGAGGAGUCUGAGGCUCUCGUGGGCUCCCCCUAAAGGGGAGUGGGAGCGCUACCGUAUCCUGCUGCUUAACAGCUCGUCUGUGCUGGUGAACAGGACUGAAGGGAAGCCUGCACGGCAGUGUGUGUUCCCCAACCUUGUCCCAGGCAGGCUCUAUAAAGCUGCUGUCGCUGUGGAGAGUGGCCAGCUGUCCUCGACUGCGUUCACGGAAGCCAGGCUAGCACCAAGGCCUGUUCAGAAGCUGACUAUCCACCACAGUGACGAGACGUCCCUAGGGGCUCGGUGGAGCCCUCCUGUGGGAGAAUGGCAGAACUACACUGUACUGCUGAAGUUCCAGGACUCCGAGGUGGCUAGGAGGAUGCUCCAUGCCUCCCUGACAGAGUGCACCUUCAGUGGGUUGACCUCUGGGCGGCGGUACAGCAUUGUGGUGAUAACAAGGAGUGGAGACCUUAGCAACACUGCAUCAGUGACUGGACAAACAAUGCCUGCUGAGGUCACCAGCCUGCAGGUGAACAACGAGGGCCGCACUGACAGCCUUCUGACCAGCUGGGAGCGUGCGGCAGGAGAGAUCGACUCGUACCGCAUGCUGCUCAUCCACGACAGCAUCGUUAUCAAGAACGAGAGCGUGCCCGCGGACACCUCAUCCUACCACUUCCAGGUUCUCAAGCCGGGCGCCCUCUACAGGGUGGUUGUGACCACUGUCAGGAAUGGCCAGUCCUCCAGACAAACUAUUGCAGAAGGGCGCACAGUACCUGCUGCUGUCCAGAAGGUAACGGUCAGCAACAAUGGCCGAACCGACUUCCUCAGUGUGUCCUGGUCUCCAUCGCAAGGUGACGUUGAUAGCUACCUCGUCACCUUGAAGGACCGAGACCGAACGAUCCACUCGGCUGUGGUGUCCAAGUCGAGUCCCGAGUGUGUCUUCAAGUCGCUGGUGCCCGGGCGCCUCUACAACAUCUCCAUCACGUCACGCAGUGGCAAAUAUGAGAAUCACACCAUAGUGCAGGAACGCACACAACCCUCCGUUGUGCAGAUGCCAUCCGCCAUCCACGAUGCCCGUGACGACUACCUGAAAGUGUACUGGGGCCACGCUGCAGGGGACUUUGACUUCUACCAGGUGGGCAUCAAGCACAACAACAACCUCAUCCAGAACCAGACGGUGGCCAAGGGCCAGAACGAGUGCGUGUUCACUGGGCUUGAUCCUGGACGCCUCUACACCGUGAUCGUCAGCACCUGGAGUGGGAAAUAUGUGUCCAGUGCGGCCACGGAUGGGAGAACAUUCCCUGCGGUGGUAAGGUCUCUGACGUUAGCCGGCCAGGGCACCGAGGAGCUGCGUGUGACCUGGGAUCCGGCACCUGGCGACGUGGACCACUAUGAGGUCCAGCUGCUCUUCAAUGACAUCAGGGUGUUCCCCCCCACCACGCUCAGCAGCACCACGGCCGAGUGUCUCCUCUCCUCCCUCACACCUGGUCGCCUAUAUAAGAUUGUGGUGUCCACCUUCAGUGGUCCCAACCAGAAAGCCAAGUUCAUUGAAGGCAGGACAGUGCCCAGUAAAGUUAAGAGCAUCCACAUCAGUAACGAGGGCCAGGGCACGAGCCUGAAGAUCAACUGGACGCCGGGGCAGGGUGAUGUGGACAGCUAUAAUGUGUCUCUGUGGGGCCCUGGCCGGCAGCCGGACACCAGGGCCCUGCCCAAGCAUGUCAAUCAGCUCAGCUUCCAUGACCUGCAGCCGGGCCAGAAGUACUCCAUCACCGUCCAGUCCAUCAGCGGCUCUUUGCUCAACAACAGCACGGCCACCGGGCGGACCAUCCCACCCUCUGUUACAGCCCUGCAGGUGGAUAACAAGCACACCACGGGCAGCUUGCUGGUGUCGUGGCAGGCCGGAUGGGGCGUGUUUGACGGCUACAGCCUGCAGCUGCUGGACGAGAGGGGCUCGCUGGUCACAGUCAGCUCAGAGGGCGCCGGCUCCACGCAGCACCGCUUCGACCGCCUCACCCCGGGGAAGAAGUACCGCGUGCUGGUGCAGACGCUCAGCGGCGGCAUCCCCAGCAAGGGGGUGUCAGCCGAGGGAAGAACCCGUCCUGCAGCGGUCAACGACCUGUUCAUCAAGGCCAACAGUACCAGUAGCCUGUCGUUCCACUGGUCUCCACCAGAGGGUGACUUUGAUGGCUAUGACAUCUACCUGUAUAGCAGUGAUGAGGUGCUGCAUGACCGCAAGAAUGGCGAGGCCAAGACACUGGAGUGCUCCUUCCAGAACCUCAGGCCAGGGGCACUUUACAAGAUGGUGGUCCUGACCAAGAGUGGAGACCAGAAAAAUGACUCCUCUAUCUGGGCCAGGACAGUCCCUGCUGCCGUGACGUCCCUGCAGGCGGGCAGUGGGAACCAGACGCAGAGCCUUUGGCUGGUCUGGGAACGGGCAGCUGGGGAGUUCAGCGGCUACGUGCUGUCUAUUUACAACCCCGACGGCUCCCAGCAUGCCGAGCAGCAGCUGCCGCCUGAGAGCCGCGAGCACACCUUCCCGGCACUGGUGCCCGGGCGCCUGUACGUCGUCGUCAUGCUCACCCGCAGCGGAGAGCUCACAAACCGGGCAUCCACGGAGGGCAGGACAGCACCCAUGUCUCCAACCUCAUUCACCUUUGGAGGCAUCACCAACACCUCCCUGGAGAUCACCUGGAGCGGACCAGUCAACACGGACUACGAUGACUUUGACCUGCAGUGGACUCCCAAGGACCACCUGUCAGUGUUCAACCCCUACCACACGCGCACGUCCGGCAGCCGCAUCUUGAAGGGCCUGUAUCCUGGUCGCCUCUACACCUUUAGCCUACGCACGGUCAGCGGGUCUGGGACGGGGCAGACCACAUACAGCGCGCCCAUCUACAAGAACAUCAGAACCAAGCCCCAGCGGAUUCAGAGCCUGCACUGCCGUCCCCAGAACUCCAUGGCCAUCUCCUGCUCCUGGAGCCCUCCGGAGGCCGACUUCGAUUCCUACACCAUCGAGUGCCUGCGGCAGGACUCGCGCCGACUGGUCUACUCACGCCGCACCAGCCGCGACAGCACCGUCUACCACAUCACUCAGCUGGAGCCGCACAAGCGCUACAUUGUCUCCAUCAAGGCCAUCUCCGACAGCAUGACCAGCGAGGCGGCAGAGGAGAGUGUGAUCACCAUGAUUGACCGGCCUCCCGUUCCCCCACGCACCACCCGAGUCAGUGAGAGGGCGACCCACGUCACAAAGUCCACCAUCUUCUUCAAGUUCAACUGCAGCUGGUUCAGUGAUGUCAAUGGAGCUGUGAAGUUCUUCACUAUCGUUGUGACUGAGUCUGAUGACAAUGAAUCUGUGCAGCCUUGGCAGCAACACCCGCUGCCCUCUUACAAGGAGUACAGGUUCAACAGCUCUGUAAAGACCUACCAGACCACAUACUUCACCAGCAACUGCUCCGAGGGCCCGGACAGUCCCCAGGACUUUGAGAUGAAACUGGGCUCAGGGAUGAAGAGCCUUGGAGGGAGCUGCUCCCCUGAGCAGGAUAUAAAUGCCUUCUGUGAUGGACCACUCAAACCAAAGACUGCAUACAGACUCAGCGUGCGAGCUUUCACUCAGCUCUUCGAUGAGUCUUCCCCUCCACUCUACACAGACACCUAUCUCUCACUGCCAGUUGUAACAGAAGCAGAGCCUCUCAGUGGAGUCAUUGAGGGUGUGAGCGCUGGGUUGUUCCUCAUUGCCACCAUGAUCGGUGUGGCAGCUCUGCUCAUAUGCAGGCAGAAGGCCCGCAAAGUGAGUGUACAGGAGCCAGUGGUGAGGAUGAGCAUGAGGAGAGAGCGCCCAGCCUCAGGAACACACGUAGCCAACCGAGGGAAUCGACGCAUUUCAAGCCCAAUCAAAAUCUUGCACUUUGAGUCCCAUCUUGUCAAGUUACAAGCGGACUCCAAUUACCUGCUCUCCGAAGAAUUUGAGGAUCUGAAAGACGUUGGCCGUAACCAGCCAAUGGACACAGCAUUACUGCCUGAAAACAGAGGGAAAAACAGAUACAAUAACAUUCUGCCCUAUGACUCAACAAGGGUGAAGCUCUCCUAUGUGGAUGAUGACCCCUGUUCUGAUUACAUCAAUGCCAGCUACAUUCCUGGCAAUAACUUCAGACGUGAGUAUAUUGCCACCCAGGGACCAUUGCCUGGCACCAAGGAUGACUUCUGGAAGAUGGUGUGGGAACAUAAUGUGCACAAUGUUGUCAUGGUGACACAAUGUGUUGAGAAAGGAAGGGUAAAGUGUGACCAUUACUGGCCCUUUGACCAGGAUGCUCUCUAUUAUGGAGAUCUUAUCAUUCAGAUGCUGUCAGAAUCAGUACUUCCUGAAUGGACAAUCCGAGAGUUUAAGAUAUGCAGCGAGGAUCAGCUGAACUUCACCAGGGUGGUCCGACAGUUUCAUUACACCGUUUGGCCAGACCACGGUGUCCCGGAAACCACACAGUCCCUCAUUCAGUUUGUGAGAACGGUCCGAGAUUACAUCAACAGGACCCCAGGCUCCGGAGCCACAGUGGUCCACUGCAGUGCUGGGGUGGGCCGCACUGGAACCUUCAUUGCUCUGGACAGGCUUCUGCAGCAGCUGGACUCCAAAGACUCUGUGGACCUCUAUGGAGCGGUGUUUGACCUGAGGGUACACCGCUCUCACAUGGUGCAGACAGAGUGUCAGUAUGCAUACCUCCACCAGUGUUUGCGGGAUGUGCUUCGGGCUCGUAAGCUGAGGAACGAACAGGAGAACCCUUUGUACCCCAUUUAUGAGAACGUGAAUCCAGACUACCACUGUGGAACAGAUAAGGUGUACGCCAGACGCUAAUGAUUGUAUACACUACUGACAAGGAAGAAGAGGAAGAGGAAGAUGAAGAGUAGGCAAAUCACAUGCACAUUUAUGGAAAGCACUAAAAGGCUAUAUUGCAAUUCUAUUUUUAUACUAUAUAUGAUUGUUGUAAGCAGCAUUAAUUAUGAAGGCAAUUUAUGAAUAUUUAAGUGUAACACAUCUUUGUAUAUACUUGCUUUCCUAAAAUGUAUAUAGACAUGUAUCAGUUUCUAUUGCACAAAUAUUUGUGAUACUAUGGGAGUAAUUACACAUUGUAGAGACUUUUAUACUGAUAUAAAUUUGAAGGUGACUACAUCUGAAUGAUCUAAUAAUGAUAGACUGGCAUGAAAAGGAUUUUGUCGUCUACUUCAAAAUGACAAAUUUGUCAAUACUAAUGUCUGUUAUGUUAUCUUGAUGACAGUGACAAGGGUGCUAAAAAGUUGAAAUUCUCCAUGUCAUUUAUCAUAUGUCAUCUUAUUCAGGGUUUAUUCAGGGAUCUAUUUGGCAAUUUUGAUGGAGAAAGUCAAUCUCUGACAGCAUACAUUUUCUACCAACUGAUGACUUUGGUAUGCUUUAGUGAAUGAAAGAUUGGAGCCAUGAUUGCACGUUAUACUAUUGUCGUUUAACAACUAAUUAUUGAAUUAUUUAACUCUUCAUUAAAUCUUUUUAUAUAUUCUAUUUACAUAUGUAUGUAUAUUUAUGUCAUCAUGUUACAUAACCUGGCUAGACUGAUGCUUAUUCAUUAAAAGUCCAUUUAUUUUUCAUUACAGGCUAUGUAAAUAUUGUAUAUGACACAACAGAUGUUUUGUAUCAAAGUGUAAUACCAACAGUGUAAGGUUGUUACUGAGAAUGUAUUUUUAUUAUAAAUAAACACUCUGUGUAUUCUUUAAAA